AUGGCACAAGCAGGACCAUCGGAACCCAGUGUAGAGGUAAAAGCAAAAAAUAAUGAUAGUUAUCAAGAAAUGGCACAAGCAGGACCAUCGGAUCCCAGUGUACAGGUAGAAGCAAAAAAUAAUAAUGAUGGCAAUGUAGAAAUGGCACUAGCAGGACCAUCGGAACCCAGUGUAGAGGUAGAAGCAAAAAAUAAUAAUGAUAGCAAUGAGAACCUGAUGAGGGCCCUUAUGCAUGAUGUGAUAAUUAUUGAAAAUUACUGUGAUAAUAAUUUAAGACUUACAACUGAUGAGGUACCGUUGUUAAACACUAAUGCAAAUUUUGUUUAUUUAGACUUAUUAACAGAUAAUCAACUUAUCGCUCAAACAAAUAUUGUGAGUAGUAGUGAUCAACAAAUUUUAAAAACCGAUCAAGAAGAUACAAGAAAGAAUAUAGCCAAACAAAAAAAAGAAGACUGGAUUAAGUGCAUGAAAUGCCACCGGUGGCUGUACGAAGGCUGCUACAAGUUUUUGAAAUUCUGCGUUGUUUGUGGAGAAAGGGCAGACAAGAAAAUCAUCUAG